UUUUUUUCUUUGGUGAAUGCAAUGCGCUUCCGUACAAACGCAUUAUGUAACGUGAGCAGUGAAAUGGUCCAGCAGGACGCAGAUACAGAGAGCAGGAGCUGCAUCCACGUCCACCUCCGACAUGUCCCCUGUGAAGCUGGACAGUUCAGAUGAUACAAAGCCUGUUCACAAUCUCAAGGGGCUAGAGACAAUUGCACCUCUGGUCCGCUCUGUAGAAGAGACCCCUGAGCCAAUCUCCACUGAAGUACAAGGCACCAUUCCCUCCUGGAUCAAUGGCAACCUCCUCCGCAACGGCCCAGGGAAGUUUGAGUUUGGAAACACACACUACAACCACUGGUUUGACGGGAUGGCUAUGCUACACCAGUUCAAGAUCAACAAAGGCCAGGUGACAUACAUGAGUCGGUUCCUGCACAGCAAUGCCUACAAGAAGAAUAGUGAAAGGGACCGCAUCGUGAUGUCAGAAUUUGGUACCCUCGCCAUGCCCGACCCAUGUAAAAACUUCUUCCAGCGCUUCUUGUCUCGCUUUGAGAUGAUGGAGCCCACGGACAAUGCAAGUGUGAGCUUUGUGAAAUACAAAGGGGACUACUAUGUCAGCACGGAGACAAAUUUCAUGCACAAAGUAAACCCAGAGAACCUAGAAACAUUGGAAAAGGUGGACUGGAGCAAGUUCAUUGCUGUAAAUGGAGCCACUGCUCACCCACACUGUGACCCUGACGGUACUACCUACAAUAUGGGCAACUCCUAUGGAAGAAAAGGAUCCCAAUAUAACAUCAUAAGAGUACCUCCUGAGAAGACAGAUGCCAAAGACACCCUUCAUGGAGCCACUAUACUCUGUUCUAUUGUGCCUACAGACAAGUCCCAUCCCUCGUACUACCACAGCUUUGGCAUGUCUGAGAACUACGUGGUGUUCAUUGAACAGCCAAUUAAGAUGGACCUGCUAAAGAUAGUCACAUGCAAGCUAAGGGGGAAGGCUUUGAGCGAGGGCAUCUACUGGGAUCCCAAGCAGGAAACUGUCUUCCAUCUUGUUGACAAGCACACAGGCAAGGUCAGCUCAGUGAAGUACCACACCAAAGCCAUCUCAACCUUCCAUCAGAUCAACGCCUUUGAGGAGGAUGGAUUCUUGAUGCUUGACAUGUGCUGUGCAGACGACGGCCAAGCCAUCAACAACUACCUUAUCCAGAAUUUACGCAAGUCAGGAGACGCACUAGAUGAGGUGUACAACACCAUGUGCAGGGCUUUCCCUCGGCGUUUUGUUCUGCCCCUUCAUGUGACCAGUGAAACCCCAACAGGCCAGAACAUGAACACUCGACCCUCCAGUAGCGCUACGUGUGUCAAAAUCAGCAAAGAUAAGGUGUUCUGCCAACACGAGAAUCUGCAUGGAGAUGACCUCCACGAGUACGGUGGCCUGGAGUUCCCUCAGAUCAACUAUGGCAGAUAUAACACACAACCAUACCGUUAUUUCUAUGGCUGUGGCUUCAGACACCUGGUGGGAGACUCUCUGCUCAAGAUGGACCUGAAGGACAAGACGCUCAAGGUCUGGUACCAGAAGGGUUUCUUCCCGUCAGAGCCCGUGUUUGUGCCGUCACCGGAUGCCAUGGAGGAGGACGAUGGCAUCAUCCUCUCUGUGGUUCUCACCCCCUCACAGGAUAAAGGAACAUUUCUCCUGGUUUUGGACGCAAAGACAUUUGAAGAGCUGGCAAGAGCCAACGUGCCUGUUAACAUGCCUUAUGGCUUCCACGGUACCUUCAACUGCUCGGCAUAAACCUGUUUCUGUCAUGGUGAAAGUGUAUCUGAUAUUCAAUAUAAGACAAAGGAAAGUAAAUUCACUGUUGAUCAUUAUAACCACUGUAUUCCUGAUGGUACUGAGUUACUGCUGCACUAUAUGCUGAAGAUGGAUGCAGUGUUCUCUUACUGGCUGAAUGCUGAUUAAGUAUUUUACUGAACUGAUUUCUGGUUUGUAAGAACAUCCAACAGUAAUGCCAUUAAGACUGUUUCAGCCUUUAAUGAAUCCAAAGAUACUUAUAAUAUUAUAAUCAAUUAUAUUCCUUUUGUAUCACCCUAAAACUGACAUUCUGUACUCAAGGGGGAGAGGACUCUUGAGUUAUUAUACUGUAGACUACAGCCACCAGGCCACCCAAGUGCCAAAAUAAAAUUUUUUAAAAACACA